AUGCUCUUCUCCGAGCUCCCCUCCUACAACGACGCCACCAGCUCCUCCUCUAUCUCCGGCAAGUGUCAAGUCAUCCUCGCCCCCUCCCGCGCCCCGCAGCAGCACCGCACCUCAGUCUUCCUGGCUGGCUCCACCAGCCCGGUGCCCGGCGAGCCGGACUGGCGCGACACGCUGACGUCCGCCCUCGUCGCCCUGCCCGUCACCGUCUACAAUCCGCUGCGCCCCGAUUGGGACGGCUCAUGGCGCGAGGACGUCUCCUUCGCCCCUUUCCGCGAGCAGGUCCAGUGGGAGCUCGAGAAGCAGGACGCCGCCGACGUUGUUGUUGUCUACUUCCACCCCGCGAGCAAGGCGCCCAUUAGCCUCAUGGAGCUGGGCUUGUCGACGAGGCGGGCUGGCAGGUCGGUUGUGUGCUGCCCCGAGGGGUAUUGGAAGAGGGGCAACGUUCAGCUUGUCUGUCAGAGAUAUGGGGUUGAGUGUGUUGACAGAGAGGAAGGCCUCGCGAAGGCCGUCAUAGACAAAUUAAAUAGCUUGGGUGUGAAGGCCAGUCUAACAUGA